CCUUUGACCAAUCUACUCUUGACAGUUGACAGGAAGCGUCAAACAUUAGUUUGCAAUAACCAAUCAGUGACAGGUGAAGGCGGGUUCUGCCCGCUAAUAUCCCACGUGACCCUUCCCAGUAGUUCCCAGGCAGUCACACAGGCGAGCUGGAGACUAUGGAUCAGAGGGUUGGGUUGUUCGUUCUUCUGGCAGCAGGCCUUCUCUGCCUCAGUUUAGCCCCUGUCUCUUGGGCAGAGAACCUGGUUGAGGAUGAUCUGACUGACGACAUGGAUGUGGAGGACGAGCAGGAUCUGGGCUUGACUGGAACGGAGGAGGAGGAGGAGGAUGAACUAGAGGGGGACCAACAAGAUGAGGUGCCACCUGCUCCUAAAACUCCUCCAACACCAAAGGUGACCUACAAGGCUCCAGAACCGAUGGGGGAACAUUUCAUUGCAGAGUCCUUUGAUCGGGGGACACUUGAUGGCUGGGUAUUAUCCAGUGCCAAGAAGGAGGAUGCUGAUGAAGACAUUGCAAAGUAUGAUGGUCAGUGGGCGGUGGAGGAGAUGAAGGACAGUAAGCUGCCUGGAGAUAAAGGUCUUGUCCUGAAGUCUCGAGCCAAGCAUCACGCCAUCUCAGCCCAGCUGCUGCGACCUUUCACUUUUGACACCAAGCCCCUCAUCAUCCAGUAUGAGGUGAACUUCCAGUCUGGUAUUGACUGUGGUGGCGCCUACGUCAAGCUGCUGACUCAGACUUUUGACCUCGACCUGGACCAGUUUGUGGACAGAACUCCAUACACAAUCAUGUUUGGACCUGACAAAUGUGGUGAAGAUUACAAACUGCACUUCAUCUUCAGGCACAAAAACCCCAAAACUGGAGUGUUUGAAGAGAAACAUGCCAAGAAACCUGAUGCUGACCUGAGAACAUACUUCACAGACAAGAAAACACACUUGUAUACACUAGUGGUGAACCCAGACAACACCUUUGAGAUUCUGGUGGAUCAGAUUGUGGUGAACAGCGGCAACCUGCUGACAGACAUGACCCCCCCUGUGAACCCUCCUGCUGAGAUUGAGGACCCCGACGACCAAAAGCCGGAGGACUGGGAUGAGAGGCCCAAGAUCCAGGACCCCACCGCAGUCAAGCCUGAAGACUGGGAUGAGGAUGCUCCUGCUCAGAUCCCAGAUGAAGAUGCUGUGAAGCCUGAAGGCUGGCUAGACGAUGAGCCUGAGUACAUCAGCGACCCCGAUGCUGUCAAACCUGAGGACUGGGAUGAGGACAUGGAUGGUGAAUGGGAGGCUCCUCAGAUUCCUAACCCUGCCUGUGAGAGUGCCCCUGGCUGCGGCACCUGGAAACGACCAAUGACUGACAACCCCAACUACAAGGGCAAGUGGAAGCCCCCUAUGAUUGACAACCCCAACUACCAGGGUGUCUGGAAGCCGAGGAAGAUCCCCAACCCAGCCUUCUUCGAGGACCUGCAACCAUUCAAAAUGACUCCAUUUAGCGCUUUGGGCCUCGAGCUCUGGUCCAUGACCUCUGACAUCUUCUUUGACAACUUCUUCAUCACCAAUGACCGCAACACUGCUGAACGCUGGGCCAACGAUGGCUGGGGGCUGAAGAAGGCCGCCGAGGGUGCCGCUGAGCCCAGUCUGGCAACUCAGAUGUUGAAUGCUGCAGAGGAACGUCCAUGGCUCUGGGUCAUCUACGUCCUUACUGUGGCUUUACCGCUUGUCCUCAUCAUUGUUUUCUGCUGCACUGGCAAGAAAAAGAGCCCAGCAACACCAGCAGCAGAGUACAAGAAGACAGAUGAAGCUCAGCCUGACGUAAAGGAGGAAGAGGAGGAAAUGGAGGCCACUGAAGAGGCAGAGAAGAGCAGUCCAGAUGCAGAAGAGAGGAGUGAUGGAGAAGAAAUUCCCGAGGAGAAGGAGGAAGCAGAAAAGGAGGCAGCAGCUGAUGAGAAGUUGGAGGAUGAUGUUCUGCGGAGAUCUCCCAGGAACAGGAAGGCUAGAAGGGACUGAUAUCUCUGAAUUCAGCCUUGAACCCAACAUCCCAACACCACACUCUCCUCCCCUCAUCCUCCUCCUCUUCUUUUUCUACACCUCUGCUCCACGGCGAUGAAGCCUAAAUGGAACCCGUUUGAAGCAGUGAAGCCCGCAGGAAACUAAUCAAGACCUCCAAAGUCGAUGCGUGAUGAUGAUGAUGAUUCCAGUAUGAACAGAACUGAGUUAAUUUGAUUGAAAGGAUUUUUGUUUUUGAAUGAGAUUAACAGAGAUUAACUAAAACUUCCUGCAUCAUUCCUUCACAACACCUGAGCAGACUCGAACAUAUGGGAUCAGGGUGUCCCAUACCAUCCCGUCUGACACACUGCCCGCUGCUCACCACCCUGAGCCAGCAAGUGCCCCGCCCUACCGACAGCUUGCUAAUUAGCUCUCAGCAACUUGCUAAUCAAUCUCUCCUGACAGAUGGAUGUUUGGCUAUCAACAGUUAGUCUACAAUCUGAGGUAGCCUACCACAAUCCUGCUUGGGCUACUAACAGACUGCUUAUUAGUCUAAUAACUAAGCCAUGAGAAGUAUGUUGUGUAAUUCCCUGAUUAUUUGUUGGAUAUUUCUUCCACAAGUCUUGUUAACAUGCUGAUAACUAGACUAACAAAAGGCAGGUAACUAGACAAACGGUCAACAACAUGAAACCAAAACUCUUGUCAGGUAGCUUGUUCAAUAGACAAUAAAGUAAUUUGCUUGUCUUCUAAUUCAGCCAACUACCAGAAAAUUCACCAACCAAAGGUCUUGCCAGUUAGAUACCAACAAGCUGGUAAUUAGCCUGCAAAUACUGUGAUUGAAGUAUAGCCUACUGUGAUCCCACCUGGCCCACAAACAUGCUUAUUAGUGUUAGCAGGCUGCUAACAAACCCACAUAUAAUGCAGUUCACAUACCAACGACUAGUUAAUUAGCCUACUAAAAGCUAAAUUCACCUAACAGUUGGCUUGUUUGCUUUUAUAAAUCAAGCCCCCACAACUUGCCACUGAGUGAGCAUGCGUUUUUGUUUUUUUUUUUUUAAAUGGUAACUAAGAGUACUUCAGCUAACAGAACUUUGACUUCCUUUUUUAUGUCUCAUUUUCUUGCCAUGGCAGCUCCUUUGGAAACACACCGCUCUCAUGUUUUCUCUUUAGUGUUUCUACUGUGUUUUCUUGUCCUGAUGAUGGCAGGGAAGGUCAGAGAUUGCCCAGGGGAAAACCACAGAGUCUAAAAUGGUUGGACAGAAAGCAUCAGAGAACUUAACUGUAAAUGUAGUCUUCAGCUGAAGGUGAGUGACAGACUGGUCAGACCGGUUCCUGGCUUUGCACACUGAGUAUUUCUCAGUCAUAGGUGUUGACUAAGCAUGAUGACGCAGCAGAUGAGCUUCUGAUACCACCUUUGUAUAUCCCUCAGCUUUAAUGCCUCAUACCUCCAGUUGUUGUUGCAGAUACAAGAUUUUCAUUCUUGUAGUCUCUUCAUUGUACUUUCAUUCCAACAACCUUUUCUGCAUUCAGUUGCUCCCCACCCUCCUUUUUCUUGGCGAGGUUUCAGUCCGAACAAACAUGAUAGCAGCUUGCAUCACAGGUUACUACUUCCUGUCCAAUCGAAAACCUGACUCCUGCAAUGAGUUCGGCAGGAGAGGGUUUCUUAACCAAUGUUUCAGCUUGCACACCUCCGGGUGUUUUCUACUUUCUUAACCACCUCUUGUUUCUGUUGGUUCAGUUGCUACCAUCUCAACGUCCCCUUGUUAAUGCCCAUUCUGUCAAAAAAAAAAAAAAAAAAAAAAAAGAGCUGCUGUCAUCGUUGUUCACACUUAAAGCCUGUUGUGUCAGCAGGUGGACAGACAACCAGUCCCUCUCUCAUCAACCCCAUAUGAAAAGAAAACAGCACUGAGGGGGAAAAAAAAACUCAGGCGCUUAAAGCUGUCCACCUGCUGCACAGCAACACCUCCAGACUUCCACCAAUCGCAGACAUCCUUAGAAAGGAAAUCCAUGAAUCCAUGUUGGAGUUUAGCCCCGUGUUUAAAAGGAAUGACAGAGCUGAUUCUUAACUUUUUGACAAAAUCUCAAUCCAAGGUUUAGUUACUAGCUUUUUUCCAGAGCCUGCAGCCACAUCUCAUGGUGUUUGUCCACCUUGAACCAAAAUGUCUUCAUCCCUGAUGGACCUUCUAUCCUUAAGAUCACAUGAUGAUAGCUGAGCAUAAGUUUAUCUGCUGAUGACUGACUGAGUCUGAUCCUAACCCUAACCCUUGUAACUUAAAGUGGGUGUCAUCGUCUGCUGCCAUCAGAGAAGUCUACCAGUCGCACAUUAAAACCAUUCAGUAGUAGAGAACGACAAAUCCUGAGCAAAAUAUCUCAACAGCUGUGGAGCUGAUUGACAUCAGUGAGGUUGGUGAUUCCCUGAUCUUUCCUCUAGUGCCACCAUCAGGACAAACUUUUUCUCCAUUAGUGGUAAAACUCCUAAGAAGGAUUUCAUGAUUAUGGGAAAACAACACUUGAUGAAUAACUCCAUGAACUUUGCCUGUUAAGAUGCCAACUUAAGCUCCAAACCCUUAUCAGUUAUGUGUUUUUAUUCAUCAUGAAAUCAUCUGAGGAUCUGAAAUCUGAAAUAGACCUGGUUUUGUGAAUCUGAAAGUGUGUGGAAAAGGAAAAAUAACUCCCUGUAGCCUCACCUCGUGUGUCUCUGAUUUGUCUGUGUUUGUCCUCGUAUCAUACUCCAGUUUUCCAGACAGUUAAACAACAAAUCUGCUUCUGUCAAAUAUCUGUCCUUUCUGUUUAAUUCAAGUCAGGACUGGCUCUUUCCACCAAUCAUGAGAAAGCUCUGUUGUGAUUGGCGUAUGGGCAAAUAAAAGGGCGGGGAAAAAGCCAGAACUACUGAACUUUAAGAGUCUGUUUGUCUCUGGCUGUCACUGAGUUCAGGUUUUGGGCCUUGAGAUGAGCUGAAGGUCCUUGCUUCCAUUUCAGGUGACCUUUAACUUUUUUAUUUUUCUCCUUCUCUUCCAGUAGAUGCAAGUUAGUUAAGUUUUGGCGGUAAGCUUUGCUGCUUUUAAUCUUUUUGUUCUGUGCUUUCGCUCAAAAGUUAAAGUGUCGGCAUAUGACACUUAAGGACAAAUUGCCUCUAGCAGCAGCAGCAGCAGCAUUUUCCCUUUGAAAAUGUAUGUUUCAGCCAUGCUCAUCCUCCUCUCCGUCUUUUGUUGUUUUUUUUUUUAAAUCUCAGAUGUUUUUUUCCCCCCUCUGGUCGUGUGCGGCUGAAGCUGCCUAGCUAACAGACUAUAGAAUGAACACUGUAUCUGCUGGUGAAACUUUACGUGACUCUGUAACUCUGAACUUUUUAUUUUGUUAACAAUUGUGUUUGAACUAAACUUAACUGUUGGCCCAGCCUGUUUCUGAUGUACACACUAUGUAGAGAGAUGGAUGUGCUGACACGCCACAGGAAGGUCCAACUUUGAAUGGAAAAACUGUGAUGACGGAGCCUGGUGUGUGUCUGGACAAGCUGUCAGCAUUUGUUUUGAUGAAUAAAAAGGCCAAAUGGAAACUGAA